GUUAGGGUGCCAGUAAUCGGCGGGUAGCUACAGGUAGUCGGUGGCAUUAGCAGGGUGAUAAUUGUUUACCUGAAUAGACCAAUAAACAAUUGUGUGUGUGGAUAAUAAACAGAGUUUGACUCGGGGCAGGCGAAUUUAAUCCACUAACAAUUACGUAACACUCACGAUGUCCCUAUAUAAUACCUGAUACACCUGUCAAGCCAGUUUGAGUUUUAACUCAGCUUGGUCCAAUUCAAUAAAAAAAAAAACCUUGUUCAAAUCAAUAGUGACCGUUGAUGGACGCACACAUCAAGUUGAGGAAUGGAUGACACAGGAAACAGUUCAGUUCUCGACACCUCAGAGGGGGCGCUAGUGGUGGACCUAUCUCACUGUACGGAUGACUCGCAGCUUGCUGAUACCUCAAGAUGUACUCUGGAGGACUCGAAACUUACCGAGACACACACUGCCGUUGCCUCCGAGGAGAGGAAUGGUCCUGGAGGUGUCACCUUCACCUCUGAGGACCUACCUCAGAAAACCGAGACAAAUCCUUGUGAGAAGUCUGCGUGUACUAACAGUGACUCAUGUGGAACCAAAGGAGUGAAAGAAAAAUCAAACCUUGAUACAGACCCCAAGGAGGAGGCAGCAACUCACAGGAAGUUAGAUGAGGCCCAGACUUGCACCAAGUUCACGCCUCAGAAAGCUAUGAAGGCUGUGCUACAGAGAGGUACAGAAGAGCCCCAGAGGAGUAAAUACACCCCACAGAAGGUCGACCACAGACUGGCCCAGCUGGCAGUCAAUGCUUACGUAUCCCCCUCCAAUAGAGGGGGCUCCCCAGAGACUGAUAGAGGGGAUCCAACGGACAAGGAACAGUCCACUGCUGGACGGAACAUUAAGGCAGAUAAAUCUUAUCUGGAAACAUCCCAUUCUGCAGUACCUUCUGCCCCUCCAAAUACCUUCCACGGAAGGAGCAGUGUUCUUACUACAAACCAAAACUUGAUUCAUCCCCAUGUUCAAAUCCAACAAGAAUUGAACAGUAAUGUACAACAAACCACAGAAUCAGGCAUUGGCCAUUCUACAGGGGAGCAUCCAUCUUCAUCAGAAGCUGCACAACCUACAACUACCUCUUAUGCUAUGAAUCCUCUGUCGAACAGAAAAGAACCAACACCAGCAAACAUGGUACCAGUUCAAGAGAAGCAGAAGAUUCCCUCUCAAGCAGAUCUGUAUUCUCAGGAGAUGUCUCGUUUAUAUUCUAACGUGAAGCAGAAAGAGAAUACUUUAGGAUUGGAUGGAAGAGGUCCACCUGAGGAAGAUGAGGAGGAGGAAGAAAUGGAGGACAUGAAUGAGACAUAUGACCAGAGUGACCUCAGUAAAAUGGAGGAUGAGAUGGAGACCAGUCAAGUUGAGGAGAGAGAACCAGUCCAGUUUCAGACAACAGAUGUUCAUUGUGCUGCCUGUAACAAUUGGUUUAUGAAUAUGAACUCGUACACCCUUCACAUGCCUAGACAUGCUCAGAUGGGCUCCCCUUUGUUGGGACUAAAGUGUGAAAUCUGUAAGAAAUCAUAUCUGUAUGAAUUGGAAUUCAAAGCUCAUGUACAAGCCCACUUAGAGAAGCAGAAAGUUUAUAAGUGUCGGGUUUGUUUGAAGCCUUUCCAUGAAAAAUCGGAGCUUCAGCGUCACGCAAAAAUUCACCAAGACAAGAAAGAAUUUUCCUGCCAGUUUUGUGGUAAGGAGUUCCAUUACACCUUUAAUCUCAAGAAACACCUGAGAACUCACACAGGUGAGAAACCAUAUACCUGUGUUUUGUGUGAACUCAAGUUCACCCAUAAGAACAGCCUGAACCGCCACAUGAGCGUGCACACUGACGACAACAAGGUUGAGUGCUGUGUUUGUGACCGGGUGUGUCCCGAUCGGUGGACCCUUCAGAAACACCUCGCCUCUCAUCAGAUCCUCCACUGCCCUCAAUGUGAACAGUACUUCACCAACAGCAGAGAACUGCAGGAGCAUCGGAAAUCUCACAAAGAAACAGAAAACUCUGCCCCUGAAGUACUCCAGAUGCACAACACUAACCAGGCCAAGCCCUCAGACAUUGCCAUAGCUAGUUCAGAAAACAUGAAACCGUCAGACCUUCCUCAGAAACCAAAAGCGAAGCGUAACAGAAGAUCUGCUGAAACACAGUGUGAAAUCUGUCGAAAAGUUUUCAAAAAUCCAGGAAAUUAUUACCGACACUUACAAUCCAAAGAGGGAAUGCCGAUUCAGACGUGUGACUUGUGUGGGCACCAGUUCCAUGAUGUUUACGAUCUGUUGAAGCACACACGCCAGGUUCACUCACAGACUGUAGACACAAAGGGCUACAGCUGUCGUAUGUGUGGGCAGAGCUUCACAGACCUAGCCCUCCUGACGGAACACAUGUCUGAGCAUCUACAGAAAAUGAAGAAAUCAGGCUCAGCUUUACCCAGACCCCAGCCCAUCAAGCAGGAGGAGCCUCUCCCUCACUUUUGCUCUGUUUGUGGUGAACAGUUCCUCAAUGUGACGCUGCUGGAGCUCCACAUGAUGGAGCACUCCUCCUCCCAUGGAGCAGUCAAUGUUCUAGAUCUCUCAAAAACCAAGGAUUCUGCCAGUCAGCCUCCUCCAAGAAAGCGUCUGAAGCUCGAGUCUGUAGAAACAGCCGAGUCACAUGAAUAUUACGACAGUGACAAGGAAAAUGAACCUCUCAAUCUCUCCAAGAAGACAUACUCUCCGAGGGCAAAGCCAAAGAUUCUGGGAGUUCACCAGCCCAGGGGUCACUCAUCUCUCUCCAGCGUCAGUAAUGUGCCUCCUGUCACAAGUCACAUGUCUUCUCAUCUCAGCCACAAAUCUCUAGCCAGUUCAGAUUCUAGCCCUGUCGGAUUAGAUUUAUCAUGCAGAUCAAAGGUGUCUGAAGCACAUCAGAAUAUUGCUGCUGAUGACCAAACACAGAACAAAAAUGAAUCUAACAAUGCCUCUGAUCAUUUCCUGCAAAAGUCUGCAAUGGAAGAUAGUACUGAGAGAACAGACAGAGAGAAAACUGAGGUUGGUCCUGACAAUGGGAUUGUACCACUGAAAUCCUCACCCGAGGAGACCAGUGUUACCAUGGACACAACUCAUGAUGAUUCUCCAGAUGAGAACUCUAACCUAACAGACAGAAGUGAUCACCUUGAACAAGUGCCUGACCUUGGCAGUAGAACAGUUUCCCCUUCGUCCUUGACCUGUGAGUAUUGUACAAAGACCUUCAGCGACCCGGUGACCUUGAACAGACACCUGUCCUCCCACUAUAAGGAGUGGGCCUUCUACUGUAACUACUGCAACACCAUGUUUACGGAGGAGGUCAGCUACAGGGCUCACACCCCCACCCACCCCUCACACACCCCUUAUAUGUGUAAUGUGUGUAGCACCCAUUUUUCGGACAGAAUCAGCCUCGGGGCCCAUCUCUCCCAAGCUCAUUCCCAGGAGAAACCAUUCCAGUGUGGCGUUUGCCAGAGGAGGUUCCCAGUGAAAUCCUACCUCGGGUCUCAUUGCAGGACACACCUGACAGAGCGCCCAUUCAAGUGUAACAUCUGUGAGAGGACCUUUGUCCACAACUUUAAUCUGACCAAACACAUGAGGACACAUACUGGAGAGAAGCCCUACACAUGUGCUUGGUGUGACAGAAAAUUUAGCCAAAAGAACAGCUUGAAUAGGCAUGAGAAAAUCCACAUGCGAGAAACGCCCUCCAAAGGAGCUCUACAGCCUUCUUCUGGAGGUGGUCAGCUGUUCAGCCCAGGGCCAGGACAGGAGGAACCCCAGCAUGGUAGGACCACACCCUACAAAUCAGAGAGAUCCACCCCCAGCACUAUCAGUAGUCCCCACCCGACCACCCCCCAGAGUCAGCACCAGAACCGGUCAGUUCAACGCUCCAGGAACAGCUCUGCCAGCUCCACUGGUACCCACAGGUCUACCCCAGAACCAACCUCACAGGACAGGUACCCCGCCCCUGAGGUCCUACAACAUAUGUACAUGCAACAGAUGGCUAUGAUGCAGCAUAUGGCUCAGCAGCAGCAUGGGGGCAGCAUGAACUUGAUGCAGAGCCCCUACAUGAUGGCAGCAUACAUGCAGCAGAUGCACAUGAUGCAGCAGAUGGCGGGCCAAGAUCCCAGCAUGAUGUCCUAUCCCCCAGCAGCAAUGGAGUCCAUGAUGUCCUCUUAUGCCAAGUCCAUGGAGGAAUACAAUAAAAAUCUCGAGCAACAGACCAGGAAAGACCCCAGCCAUUUCCCAGGCGGUCAUGGUAAAGGGGUGUAACUCUCAAGUUGAUGGGAUCUAGUGUCACUUGGAUAAAGAAACUUCUACAGACAGUAAAGUGAAUUCAUUAGACUUCACAUACAGGGGACAGCUGAGAAAUCUGCCAGAAACUUUGGUGUUUUUUUGUUCUGAGUUUAAAUUAGGAUAAUCAUUUCAGUUGAUUUCAGUUGAUUUUACAAUGUGUUGAUUAAAACUCUAAAAUAUGAUUAUCAAAGUAUGAACAUGGUUGGUCAAUAAAUUGUAGUUUGUUAAAAUCUCAA